GAAGCAUAUGUAAAAUCUUCGCUAGUCGAGUCCGAUCCCGAAUGAUGCAACGAUACAGGACUAGUUGCCAUUACCCCACCCACUACGUGAAUCGGCCCCGCAUGAAACUUGUAAUUUUCUCUCUUCGAUAAACCCCUCUUUCUUUCUGGAUCCCUUUUGGUUUGGUGCAAAGGAGGGAAAGGAAUGGCGAUUGUGGCGGAAGUUGGUAAGGAGUUGGAGACGUGCGUGGUAUUAGGGGGACGAGGAUUCGUCGGGAAAUGGCUUGUGGAUAGGCUUCUUCGAGUCGGCAAUUGGAUCGUCCGAAUCGCCGAUUCUUUGCCCAGUCUUCAACUUGAACCCUCCGAGUCCCUUCUUUCUCAUGCCCUCUCUUCUGGCCGCGCUUCCUAUUUCCAUGUCGAUGUUCUUCAUAAAUCUCAUAUUAUGAAAGUUAUUGAUGGCGCAUCAGUUGUAUUUUACAUGGAUUCUAGGGAUUCAUAUGCUCAUGAUUUCUAUAUUUGCUACACAAUUGUUGUUCAAGGUGCCAAGAAUAUCAUUACUGCUUGUCAAGAGUGUAAAGUCAAAAGGCUAGUAUACAACAGUUCUGCUGAGGUAGUUUUGAACAGCUGGCAGGAUAUACAUGGCGGGGAUGAGUCCUUACCAUAUUCCAGUAAAUUUGUGAACAUGGUAACUGAUCUCAAGGCUCAAGCAGAGGCUCUAGUUUUAGUUGCAAAUGAUGCUGACGGACUUCUUACUUGUGCACUUCGUCCUAGCUAUGUUUUUGGACCUGAAGACAAUUAUCUCUCCUCUUUGCUGGUCAAUGUUGCAAAAUCUGGCUGGGCCGAGGAACUUUUCUUUCUCUACUCUUUGUUGCUGGUGACACAUUGGGAUGUAUGUCAAAUAAAAGAGGAAAAAGAUCAUAGACUUUUCUAUCUUCACAAAAUUAGUCGCCAUUUUAUUAUAGGGCUUGGUGACAAUAUGUCUGACUUCACCUAUGUGGAGAAUGUUGCCCAUGCACAUAUAUGUGCUGAAAAAGCUCUACGUUCUAGGGGAAGUAACAUAUGUGGCAAGGCCUUUUUCAUCACUAAUCUCAAGCCAAUGAAGUUCAAGGAUAUUGUAUCUCUUGUGAUGGAGAGAUUGGGAUAUCAAAGGUCCAUGAUCAAGAUUCCUGCUAGGGUUAUCCAAUAUAGUACUUUGAUCAUGAAAUGGACAAUUUCAAGGAUGAGCAAUUGGAAUCCUGAUAAUGUGCCAGUUUUUGAUAUUAUUGAAUUAGCAUUGUGCCAUAGGAGAUUUAAUUGCUUUGCAGCUCAGAAAUAUAUUGGAUAUUCUCCUGUUGUUUCCCUUGAAGAAGGAGUUGCUUUAACCACUAAGUCCUUUCAUUUAGCCAGGGAAUCAUCUUUGUCAAGCGAUAGUGAUACUGAUGAGGAAUCAAACGUGCAUAAACUGCUAGGAGGUAGAAAAGCUGCCGAAAUUUUAUUGUGGAGAGAUGAGCAGAGAACAUUUACUUGUUUCCUUUUGCUGGUUUUCAUCCAUUACUGGUUCUUCCUGUCCGGGAGGAGUUUUCUUUCAUCUCUUGCCCAGCUUCUACUGAUGAUCGCUUCUGCUCUCUGGGGAUACAGCAUUCUGCCACCAACAAUAUAUGGCAUUGCAGUUCCCAGGAUAUCAUGGUCUUUCUUUGAGAUCUCUGAAGUGGAUAUGAGAAAUUGCUUUUACAACUUAGCAUAUACGUGGAACAGAAUGAGUCAUUUAGCAAGUUUACUAGCUCAAGGAGAAGAUUGGUCUAUAUUUUUGAAGGCCGCCGUACCCCUGUAUUUUGUGAAGUUGAUCAUUGCAGAUUGCUUGACUUUUGCACUUGGUAUAGCACUAGCUCUGGCAUUCACUUCAUUCCUCAUUUACGAGCAGUACGAGGAUGAAAUUGAUAGUACAGCAAAUGUAAUAUUCAGCAUAUCAAAAGGUGCCUUUACUUUGCUGAUGAGGAGCUUACCCUUGCCUUUGGCAUUGAUCCAUUCUGAUUCAGAAAUGUCUCGAGGGAUCUGCUCUUCUAGAUUGAAGAUUCAGCAAUGAGAAGGUAUCCUAGUGCUUUACUCAGUCCUAACAAUAGACAGAGGGAGAGGUGUAUAUCUGCCUGGUUCGCUUUCCUUAUUUUGGAUGCGUGACCUCUUGUACCAGAAGUUUGUUAACUCAAUAUGGAAAGGAUCGUUGAUCUAUAUCUUGUCGAGAAACUAAACUCCCUCACCCCCUCAUUCCCAUACCCUUGUACUGGGGCUACGGAAAAAAAUUGGGAAGUUAAAAAGAAAAGAAUGAAGACAUCCCCCUACAUUGAGAACAGAGUUUGCUCAUUUUGACUGUAAUAGAUUCCAAAUGAUGACAACAUAGCGGAUCAGUUGCUUGGAUAUAAAUUGUGCUUAUGCUUGCCAAGUUCU